AUUACAUGAUGGUCAUCUAGAAUUUCUACAACAGCUGCUACCACUUUUACAACUGCAUGUACAGUUUGGAACUUUGCCCUCUCCCCCCACAACAAUGUCCACUUUCAUAUCUUGAUUUCUCCUCAAGGCACAGCAGUGGAGCCACAACACAGACUGUCUCUCAGAGAGGAGACAGAGAAGAAAGAGCGGGAAAGUAGUCUAUUUGGCCAGAGUAAUCCUCUCCGUUGUGGAUUUUAAAAUAAAACCUUCAUCUGUUGGCUGCAACAAAAAGCGGUCACAACUUGUCGUUUGGUACCACUUGGAGCCACUUGGAUCUAAUGAAAACCUCUACGGUGGAUUCAAUUUGAAGCCCGGGGACCGCCACACACACGGGGAGGAUUCAUUCUUCUUAAAGAGGGAUGUGUUUAAGUGCAAGAUUUUCAUUACAACCCUGACCAGACAUAGACUUGGAGUUAGAUCUAUUUCCUCUGAACUGGAAACGCUGAUAAAAGACAACUUGCAUGGUUCACCUCGGGGCUUCAGUACAUUCAAGGUUUUCUGUAAAAGCAACAAACAGAAUCGACGUUCAACGUUUGUACUUUGAAAUCUUUUCAAAGUAAUUAAACAUUUAUUCUGGUACAGCUGAAACACACAAGCUAGUUUCAGCCAUGGCAGAGAGGAGACGAAUGGGCUACAGCGUGAACAGGGAGAUCAUGGAUGAAGGAGAAGUGGAUGAGGUGGCAGAAAAGUCUGACUCAAAAACAUCUCUUUCUGAGAGGGUGAAAAAGUCAAUGAGGUGUUCUGGUUCCAGGUUGAAGAGCUGCCUGCUGGGUAGUGUUCCUCUUGCAUCAUGGCUGCCUCGAUACCCCAUCAGAGAAAAUGCCCUGGGUGACCUCAUCUCUGGAAUCAGUGUGGGGAUCAUGCAUUUGCCGCAGGGUAUGGCCUAUGCCCUGCUAGCAUCUGUUCCCCCAGUCUUUGGUCUUUACUCCUCCUUCUACCCAGUCCUCAUCUACUUCAUCUUCGGCACGUCCAAGCACAUCUCAGUCGGAACAUAUGCUGUGAUGAGUGUGAUGAUAGGAGGGGUGGCAGAGCGUUUAGCCCCAGAUUCGAAGUUUAUGGACUGGAACAAUGUGACCAACUCCAGUAUAAAUAUCGCUGCCCGGGAUGAAGAGAGGGUCAGAGUGGUUGCGGCUGUCACCUUCAUGUCUGGAUUAUUUCAGAUUCUGCUAGGACUAGUCCAGUUUGGUUUUGUUGUGACCUACCUGUCUGAGCCACUGGUGCGAGGUUACACCACCGCAGCUGCAAUCCAUGUCAUCGUGUCCCAACUUAAAUACACCUUUGGCAUCAGCCCUGAGAGACACACUGGACCUUUGUCAUUGAUAUAUACUGUGUUGGAGGUGUGUUAUCUCAUCCCAAAGACAAACAUUGGUACUCUUGUGGUCAGUAUUGUCACUACAUUAGGUCUCAUCAUCGCCAAGGAGCUCAAUGCAUACUUUAGUAAAAAACUACCUGUUCCUAUACCUGUGGAGCUGCUUGGUAUUAUUAUUGCUACAGUAGUCUCCUGGCAAGUUAACUUGGAGGGGAAAUAUGGAGUGGAUGUGGUGGGAGAGAUUCCCUCAGGUCUCCAGCCGCCUGUUCUCCCAGAUGCCUCUCUGUUCACUCAGGUGAUCGGGGAUGCCUUCGCUCUGUCUGUGGUUGGCUACGGCAUCGCCAUCUCACUGGGACGCAUCUUUGCCCUAAAAUAUGGAUACACUGUGAACAGCAACCAGGAACUAAUAGCCCUGGGUCUGAGUAACUCCAUUGGAGGAAUCUUCCAGUGUUUUGCCAUCAGCUGCUCCAUGUCUCGCACCAUGGUUCAGGAGAGCACAGGAGGGAAGACACAGGUUGCUGGGGCUCUAUCAGCAAUAGUUAUCCUUAUCGUCACGCUCUGGAUUGGAACUCUCUUUGAAGAUUUGCCAAAGGCAGUGCUGGCCUCCAUCAUUUAUGUGAACCUCCAUGGCAUGAUGAAGCAGUUCAUGGACAUCCCUGCACUGUGGAGGAAAAACAAAGUAGACUGUUUGAUCUGGGUGGUCACUUUCAUCCUCACUGUGCUGUUCAACCCUGACAUGGGACUGGCUGCUGCCAUCGGUUUCUCCAUGCUCACUGUCAUCUUCAGGACACAGCUACCUAAAUACUCACUAUUAGGGCAGGUCCCAUACACUGACAUUUACAAGCCACUGGAGGACUACAAUCAGGUGAGGCAGGUCCCAGGGAUUUUGAUCUUCCGCUCUUCUGCCACCCUCUACUUUGCCAAUGCUGAGAUGUACCAAAAUGCCCUUGGAGAAAAGUCUGGCAUUGACAUUAUUAAGAUCCUGUCAGCAAAGAAGAAACUAGAGGCCAAAAGGAAGAGGCAUGAGCAGAAAAAUGCCAAGAAAGCCAAAAAAGCUGACAAGAAGAAUGCAGUGGACAUGGAGGGGGAGCCAGAGAGGGAGGAGCAGAAGGACAUUGCCAUCAUCGAGAUGGAUGCUGAGCCCGACCCCUCACUCCCCAGAGCCAUGGUCCUCGACCUCACCCCUGUCAACUUCCUGGAUACCGUGGCAGUGAAGACACUUUGCAGCAUCCGGAAAGACUAUGGGGAAAUUGGUAUUGAGGUGGUUCUCGCUGGCUGCCAAACUGGUGUGGUGGAGAACCUGCAGACUGGAGGUUUCUUUAACGGCAAAGUGACAAAGUCCUGUCUCUUCUCCACCAUCCAUGACGCCGUUUUGCACUGUCAGUCUUCCAGAACACAGAGCCUAGACCAGGAGAUCAAAGCGACAAAUUUCUGAGUCCUGAGAAGAACGACGGAGGAUAUUAUGAGAAAGUGCCAGACACUCUGUCUGUAUAAGGAUUUUAUCCAGUGAGCUUCAGAUAACUCCUGUCAGUCACAAAUACAGACACACAAACACGCACACACACACACACACACACCAGACUACAGUGGUUCUCUAAGUGGGGUCCUCGAGAGGGUUUCAGGGGGUCCCCAGCAAAAAAAGAAAUUAAUUUAUUGUCAAUAUCAUUCCAUCCACAACUAACACAGUGACAAGAUGUAUGACUGUUUUGGUCAUUGGUUUUAUAAACUUUCUGUAGUCUAAUAAAACAUAUAAAAGCAAAAACCCUAUCAGAUGAGGGACCUUGAGUCUGUGGUCUAAUUUGUGUCAGUUUAGGGGUCCUUGAUGUGAAAAAGUUUGAGAACCACCGAACUACACCAUAAUUACAUUAAUAUACUGUAUAAUACUGGAAUACAAUACUGGAGUGGCCUGUAUAAAUCAAAGCAAUACUGCACACACACUGUCAAAAAAUGCCAACAUUCAUGUACUUAUAUGAAAAAUAAAUAUUAUUUACAAAUG